UUGGACCGAUUUAUGGGGCUACGGAGUGGAUUGGACCGAUUUAUGGGGCUAGGAGUCGCACAGCGUAUGUCACUGAGCUGAGCGUGAGAUGAAUGAGUGACUCAACAUGCCAGCCCGACAAUAAGUACAGUCAUGACACACUGUGAAUAAACAUGUGGGGGCAGUGUUGUAAUAUAUCUCAUUCUCAACUCAUUAAUAUUAUUGACAUUUUUUUAAAGUAAAAAUAUUAUUAUUUUAAUAAUAUUUCUAGUUUUCUACUAUGACAGAGUAUGACGUUAUGAGUUUCCUUCCACUAUCCUGGUCUCCACGUGGAGUUGAUAGCAGAACGAACCUCAUAUGUUAUAUAUGGCCUACCUAGUUCUGGCCUGGCCUAGUUCUACCUAUCUAUUCUAUGAGUAACUUGUUUUGUACUUUUUACUUAUCAUUUAUGGAGGAAGUUGGUUGUUUCCUCUCUUUCAUUUAUAAAUGCAUUGUCACUCUCUUUGCAGAUUUAUAAACCUUCUUUCCUCAUCACUAUUUUUACCUUACCGUAUCCCAUGUAUCAUUUUUCUUUAACUUUAAUAGUUUCUUCUCCAGUCUGAAAUAGAUGGAAGUAUUCCUUAAAGGAGUCUAUCGUAAUUUUUUCCUCACAGGAGCUAGAAUUGUCUUUCGUCUGGUUAACAGGGUUCUGGGCCAGCCUGCAUCACGUAACACCAUGUUACAGUCAGAUUUCUUCGACCAUCCUCCAGCUAGUUCAACAACCAGCACAAAGCUCCUGAAGAAAUGCGAGGAUGCCCACAGUGACAAACGGCAGUUACUGACCAGGUCCUUUCAUGUAGUAUCUGGGUCGACAGAUAGUGAUCAGAAAGAGCAACGCAAUGGCUGCAUAAGAGUGAUGCAGUGGAACAUCUUAGCUGAUGCUCUUGGUGAAGGCGCAGACAACUUCAUCAAGUGCCCCAGUCAAGUGCUCAAAUGGAAAUCCAGAAGACUCUCCUGCCUCCAAGAAAUCUUAACCUAUGACCCAGAUGUGGUCUGCCUUCAGGAAGUAGACCACUAUGAGGACUUCUUUAAGAAACAUCUGGAGCGGGUUGGAUACGUCGGAACCUUCAAUCCCAAACCUGAUUCCCCGUGUUUAUACUGUCUUCAUAACAAUGGUCCCGACGGAUGUGCAGUUUUUUACAAAUCAAAGAAGUUUACGUUGAUCAGUAGCGUCUCUCCCAUUCUGGAGGUGGUUGAGAGAGGCCAAAAGUGGACGACCAAUCAAGUUGCAGUUCUGGUGCGGCUACGAUGCAAUUCUCCCGAAAAAGAGCACCCUAAAGAGUUUGUUGUCGGCACCACACACCUCAAGGCAAAGUCAAGCUAUCAGAAACUGAGAUAUCUUCAAGGGUUAAAUCUCCUGGCAAUCCUUGAGAAACAAGCGGACAAAUGUCCAUUAAUCUUUGGAGGCGAUUUCAAUGCCGAGCCAACUGAGAAGGUGUACAAGGCAUUCGAAAACAGCAAACUGUCACUUAAAAGUGUGAAUAAACUUCUUAGUGAUGAUGGUAGUUCUGAGCCACCGUACACUACCUGGAAAAUCCGUCCGUCUGGUGAGAUGUGUCACACCAUUGAUUACAUGUGGUUUACGCAGAGUCAGUUGCAGCCGUUGAGGAUCUUACAAUUUCCGUCCGGGGUGGAAAUUGGCGAAAACAGGUUGCCGAGUCGGAACUACCCGUCCGAUCAUUUGUCACUUGUGGCUGAUUUUGCUUUCACUCUCUAAAGAAACUGUGCUACAUUUGGUAUCAGCAGGCUCAUCUAAAUAAGGGCAAGGCCUUUUUCAUUUUCCAAAGGGCACUUACAUUGGAAAAUCUUAAUAUAAUGGUACACUUGGAAGGGGCACCAAGGCCAAGACAAUUUCAUAGAA